AUUGCAGCUUGCGACGGAUGAGAGCCUCAAACCACCAACUUUCACUUCGGUGGCACACACAGAGAUAUUUGCCGUACUGACGCUCAUAACGGCAGCCGCUAUGGGCACGAAAGUAGCAACGGUCACGGUCUCACUGCUGCCACCAUUCGUGAGCUGCGCCGUUAACGCGUUGCUGACUCCAUUAUUUUGAAGUGCGAUAGCCCAGUCUAGAGCCGAUCUAAAAGAGACGGUCACAGAGCAGGCACCAGCCGUACAGCCCUCGGCCGCCACCAGUGACGCGAGCUCGGGUAAGGUUCCAUUAUUUACAUCGCAGGCGAGUAGCGGUGACACGCCGAAUUUCAAAGCGUAUGUGUGUGCUUUAGAAUUGUCGUAGUUGCAGAAAUUCACAAUUAAAGAUGUCGCCCCUCCUGUAAUUACUGUUCCAGAGCCAUCGAGCAUGCACGUUCUGCCACCACAAUCAGCACAACUUACAGCCGCAUGCGCCGAUGAAAAGAGUCCUACAACACCCGCAAGUACCAGCAGCCUUUUCAUACUCGCUUACUAUUGGGAACUGAUAGAGUGCCAGACAGUUGUAUGUGAGACCGUUUUCUCCGACAAUCGGGAAAUACUGCAGGGAUGAUAACCUGUGUGGAAAAGCCACGCCUAACCUCUAUUGUACUUUGAGAGUGUUGAAAAUCUCUUAUGAAAAGGAAGGCCUCAUCUACUGCUGUUUUAAGUUAUUGUUGUUGCUGAACAUCGCGAUAUGACGCUGCUGAACCCUACCAGGCGUUAGUGAAAAAAGAUAAUACAGCUGAUAAGAAAGAACAUAAUGUAUAGACUAUAUCUUGUGC